CACUGUCAAAACAAUAAAAAAAAUCCCUCUUGAAAGUCAUCAUCCUUUUUGCGUCUUUCUUAAUUUUUCCUUUCUUUUAGUGAGUUUAAUGUCAAAAUUGAUCUAUUUUACGCCAGAGUCUUGUAGUUUGCAUACAUUGAAGGAAUCAAAGGAAUGGAGGUUUUGCCUUUGAUUAUAAGUUGAUCAUGGAUUCCCUUGUGUAUGCGCCUAGAAAAAAUAAGCUAAGUGCAAAAUCACCACUAAUCUUAAAUUCUCUUGAUCCAAAUAUUAACAAUUAUCAGUCUAGUAAAGAGAAGAAGUCACCACCCGGAAAGACCAUCUCAGAUCAGUUGGAUUCAUUGGCAUUGGAGCUUGAAGAUCUUGACAGUUCUGGAAGUAAGGGUAUUCUGCUUCUAGAUGAAAGUGAAAAUUUGAAGAUUAAAACUGAAGAUGCAUUUCUUAAAACUCUUUGUGUGGAAAAUGGAAAAAAGGUUAAGGUGGUGUCAAUAUUUGGCAACACUGGGGAAGGAAAGUCCUAUACUAUGAAUCAAGUAUUUUUUAAUGGGGAGCAAAUUUUUCGAACGUCAUCGUCUCAAGUAUCCUGCACCUUAGGUGUUUGGGCGAAAUAUGACCCUAACUUGAACGUUAUUUGUCUCGAUACAGAAGGAUUAUUGGGCAUUACAAAGAAAGAAAACCAACGAACGAGACUGCUAUUAAAAGUUUUAGCCGUGUCGGACAUUAUAAUAUACCGCACAAGGGCUGAACGGUUACAGAGGGACUUAUUCUCGUUUCUUGGUGGUGCUUCUAAUGUGUUUAAAGAGCAUUUCUCGGCGGUACUUCAGAAGGCUCUGUUAAAAAAUGAUGGGGAAUGUCCUGCUGGCUUAGGUUUAGGUCCAGGUGUAAUCAUUUUUCACGAAACUCACCACACCAAUACUUUAGAUAACAUUCACGAUAGCGCAAGCGUGAACCAAUCGGCGGAAGAUAUUUUAAGGCAGAUGUUUGCAAACUUAGAUAUGAAUUGUGACUCUUUCAGUUUUAUCAAAUAUGUCGGAGUGAAGACCUCAUUGAAAGCACGGACUAGUUUUGAGUCUUUAAAGUCUGAAAUAAUAAAGCAACUUGAAAGUACUGAAAUUCGAUCUCCGAGAGACGUAAAAAUUAUCUAUAGAAUGCUCAAGAAAUUAACAGAAAAAUUCCAGUCACCCAUAAACGAUGUAAACCAUCAGCAGUAUUUGAUGCAAUUCUUUACCUGUCCCGAUAAGUGUCAGUCUUGUAAGAUGAAUUGCCAGUUGUCAAUGGGCCACAAAGAAGAAGGGGAGAUGCAUAGCUGUAACUCGCCUUGUACAUUUCAACAUCAGUAUCAGAAUUGUGUUUAUUUAUGUAGGAGGUGUCAUAAAAACGGCGAAAGAAUAAUAGUUAAAGCAAGCUAUCACACAAACAGAGAUACCACAUGGACCUCUUAUUUCAAUUAUGUAUGGUCUGGUUAUGUUAUUGAAUGUCCUAAAUGUGGAGAGAUCUAUAGAAGCAGGCAACAUUGGUAUGGUAACAAAAACCCAGAAGACAGCGCAGUCCGAACAGAAAUCGUACAUAUUUGGCCAGGAGAUAAAACACAUUUUCAGGAACGCAUUAUGUUCGGCAGCUACAAUUCCGCACAAAAAGUGGUUGAUGGUGUGAACGUUUUUACUGAUAUGGUCUCAAAUAGCUUACAACAUGCCAAAAUGAUUUCUGAUUGGGUUAAUGACAAAAUAGCGCCUAGUUAUUGGAGACCUAAUCAUGAGAUAGAGGCUUGUUUUAAAUGUAAUAUAUCAUUUAUUCCAAGCGGACAAAAUAAGAUAGUGCCUUCAAAACAUCACUGUCGUGCUUGCGGAGAGGGAUUUUGUGAAUCUUGUUCAUCACAACGCUGUCCAGUACCUCAAAAAGGUUGGACAGAUCCUGUUAGAGUUUGUGACUCUUGCUAUAUGGAACUGGAAGAUAGAGGUCAGAGCCUACUGUCGGGGUUGUCAGGUGAAGAACAAAACGAAGUCAGAGCAAGAUAUAUUAGUGAAACUGUAGUUAACUCCAUAUCAGCAGUUAAAUCUGUGUUAGAUAUACCCAAAGACUUUUUAAAGGAGAGUGCAAGACCGAGCUACUGGACACCUGACAAUGAAUGCAUCGAAUGUGUUUUAUGUAAAAAUCCUUUCGGACCUCUCAUUCCAGUUCAUCACUGUCGCGAUUGCGGCAAAGGUGUCUGCGAUAAUUGCUCGAGUUCAAGAAAGGCUGUGCCAUUAAAGGGCUGGGAUUCUCCUGUUAGAGUUUGUGAUGCCUGUCGGUAAAGAGUUUUGCUGGAUAUUCUUCGGGCCCAAUAUCUGUUUUACCCCCACCAGAGAGAUGCAAUUAUAUAUUAUAUUCUGUAGAUAUCGGUAGCAAAAAUAAUAUUAUUGUUUGGCAUUUUGUUGGUUUUAUAUAUAAACAGUUUGUAAGUAAAAUAUUAUUUAUAUUAAUACGCUAUAAGGAAAGUGAAUGCACCUUAUGCUGGUUAUAAAAAUUAACAUUUUUGUCUGAAGCCAAAUAUAGACGCAAGUCUUUAAAUUAAAAUAUUUUAUAAGAAAUUUAUGCGAAUGUACCUUGAAUGUAAAAUUCGGGGCAUGGAAAAUAUAACAAUGUUUUUUAUUUUAUUUUAUGAUUUCACUAUACUUACAUAUUAAGAAAAAAAAAAUAUGUUCUUUGAUUAGAACAAAAAUUCUCCUAUUUUCAAUAUCCUGAGGAUUAUCUAAUUUAAGUUGAAACGUUGACAAGUACAAAGUUCUUAACUCUAGUUCUAUUAUUUUAGUAACCUGAAUCCAACCUUAAAAAUGUAAUCCAAUAUCUAAUUUUUUCACUUGCACCGACAUAUUUUAAGGAUUUAGGAACGUCUAAAUUGCUAUUAAUUCCGUUUGUUAAGACUUUAACGCAAAAUUUGUUUCUGUUUUAUAGAGUAUGUUUUAUUUUAUUUCUUCAAAAAUAUUUUGGUAAUUUUGACCCCUCACAAACAUUCACAAAAAAUUGAUAUAUUUAGAAGUAGUUUUAAUGUGUUUGUAGCAAACACUUUAUUUUAGUUUAUAGUUACGUUACCUUUCAGUAUCCUGAAAUUAUUGAUUACAAUUGUUGUUCUUAUUUUGUUGUCUUUUGUGUUAACUUUUAUUGAAACGCAAAAGAUCCCUGGGGUAAAAUAAAUUUGCCUGUUUUUACAAUUAAUUUAUUGACAUAUUUACUUGUAACUUUAAAUUAUAAACUGUCGCAUGUCAUCAUGAACUCUGAAGUUGGGCUAAAUAAAGGCUGAAACGUCGGCAUUUCUUCUGGAACAAAAUCAGUUUUAUUUAAGAUCCUACACCUGUUAGACUUUCUCCAUUAGUAUCUUUGCAAUAGUAAUUAGAGCUUUAGAACUAGUUUUACCCUUGGUAGACUUUAUCUCGAUUAAAAUAGAAGUUGAGUGAAGAAAGUGAGUGUUUUUAUAAGACAUGCUUGGUGGCAUCACUCUACAAAGUAAAGACAUCAAUGAUUUUUAUAGCCAGCUAUUUUUAUUACAUACUUGUUUUUUAAGAUAUAGAUGGCAUUCCAAAUAGAUAAAAUCAAAACUUAAAGUAAACUAAAGUUUACUUAUAUGUUAAAUGAAACGUGAGUUUAAGUUACAAGAAUACCAUUUUCUUAGAAACAUAUUGUAACAAAUGGUGCAAUAAUUUACCUUUAGUGUUUUUUUUUAACGAAUAAGAAGUAACAAUAGAGGUUUCGUUUUUUUAGCAUAUAUAUUUUAUACUUAUUCAUAUGUUAUAUAAAAGAUUUUUCUUCAUUAUGUUAAGGACAUUCCUAAUUGGCAGCAUUUUGAAUCGCUGUUUUUAACGAUAUUCUCGUACGAGUGGUACAAAUUUCUUUAUUUUACGUUAUUAAUUGGCAAUCAAAAAAAUUUUUCAAAUACGGAGCAUAAGACGUAUUCGUUCAGUAAAUGUAGAUAACUUGGCACAGAUUGAGCCUAAACGAAAUAGUUGACUCUAUAUUUUCAUCUAAAUUUUAAAUAUAAGGAGAGGUCAAGAGAUACCGUCAUUUUACGUAUUUUUCUCCAUUGACACUUAGUUUUCAAGUAUUUUUUUUAAAUUAUGAAGUAAAAUACAGCAUUGCCAGAAAGAUUAGUUAGCAACUGGUUUUAAAGCCCUUUUGAAUUUACGUUCUCCAGUUUGAAACAUAUAACUCUGUAAAUUAAUUAAAAGUAAUAAUGACGAAAGAGUUUUCAAGCUAGCGUGCAAUAAGGGUCGAAAACCUUUAAAAUAAGGUAUUAAUUGACCUCUCAUAGAAGUGAGAGAUGCCUCUUGGAUGAGCUGCUCUAUGCAAUUCUUAAAGAACUUUUUCAAUUAGGCACAAUCUUAAGUGUUGUACGAAAAUAUCAAACACCUUAUCAUCACAUAUUUCUAGUCAAAUUGUAAUCUGUCUGAUUUAAAAAAUAUAUAAAUUUUAUUAUGUCUGAUUUUAUAUUCCACUCAGCAAUUUUAAUAUUGAAGUGGAUGUUACAAGAAUAUUAUACAUGUAUUUUUUGCGUCGACAAAUUAAAAUGUUUGAAAUAAAUCAGUAAUAAAUGUCAUACUUCAUUUA